GCUCCUCCGGGUGAGCGGCUCCUCCGCGCCGCUCCGGUGCGGGCAGGCGCGUUUUCCGAGCCCCCGCUGCCCCCUUUGUCAGCAGGUGAACGCGAGGUCCAGCCGAGGCUCGAAGCGCUGCUGGGUCCUGCGGUAGUUGUAUUGUAGAUGGGGCAAAACAGUGGACAUCAAGAAAGAGACAAGAAACCAGAGCUGGCACUAAGUGAGACCAUGGAGGCAGAAGCUGAAGUACAAAGUAAUAAAGAUGAAGCCAAAGAGCUGAAGGCCAAGGAACGGAGGCUGACAUCAGUCUUUGGUGUGGCAGACUUAAAAAAUGGAGCUAUUGGACUGUAUAACCUUGGACAGAGCUGCUGUCUGAACUCUCUGCUCCAAGUGUUCCUCAUGAAUAUACACUUCACAGGGAUACUUCGAAGGAUCACAGUGCCACCGUGUGCCGCACAGAGGAGGAGCAAUGUCCCGUACCAAAUGCUCCUGCUGCUGGAGGAGAUGCAGCGUGGCAAGCGCAAAGCUGUUCGCCCCACGGAACUCGCUUGCUGCCUUUCAGCACACAGAGUGGAAUGUAAGCAGCGCUGCCUCAUGCCCACCUCUGCCUGCAAACCGGGUGCAAUCACAAUAGCAGCUAGGAAAAAUGGGGAGGACUGUUUACAGUACUUUUUCCAUCCAGAAGAGCUGACUGGUCAAAACAUGUGUUUCUGUCAACAAUGUGGAAUGAAAACACCUUUUUUGAAGAGCAUGAAGCUCGUCUAUCUGCCACAGACUCUGACCAUACACCUAAAGCGCUUCUGCUUCGAAAAAUCAUCCUACGCGCACAAGCUCAGUCACUAUCUCCCAUUCCCACGGGACCUUGAUUUCAAUGGAGUCUUGACGGAAAAUCAGUGCCAAGCAGAUGUCAAUGAAAAGGCUACCUGGCAGUAUGGCCUUUUUGCCGUCGUUGCUCAUUCAGGAUCAGCUAGUUGUGGACAUUACUGUGCCUACAUUCAAAGCCUCACAGAGUGUAAAUGGUAUUGCUUUAAUGAUUCUCAGGUUUGCCAGGUAUCAUGGGAUGAUGUUAAAUGCACCUAUGGACAUUCCAACCUCCACUGGGGAGAAACGGCCUAUCUCUUGAUUUACAUGAAAAAACAUCCUCAGCAGCCCUAUCCAGGACUAUCAGAGUGUCUGGGAAAGCUGUGAGUUGUCCAUGGAGCUCAGCACCUCUGUGCAAGAGUGGACAUGCACAAAUGUUCCAUGAGAAAGACAUUUUGCACUCAGCGACCUCUAUGUUCACAUUUAUUUAUGAAAAACACUCAGCUAGAAGAAGGAUCUAAGAACUGUUGCAACUAAAA